AUGGCCCAACAACCUACCAUCCAAGACAUUCUACAGACAGAAUUCUCCCCACCACUCGAUACCUCGCUCAUCGCGGCCAUCGUCGCGGACUAUGUCUCAGGCGGGGAUGCCAAUAGAGCCGAAGAACUGAAGCAACUUCGCUCGGUUCUGAGCAACCUCGCAGCGGAGGCGGAGAAGGAGCUUGUGGAUGCGGACCUCUCCGAUGCCUUCGCCCCGCUCCACAUCUCUCCCUUCCCGGACGACGUUUCCAGCUCGUAUGAAUACUCGACUACCGAUGUCUCUGGCUACACUUCGACAAGCUCCGGUGGGUCUGAUGCCCCCGGCAAGACUUCUUCGUUGGAUUUCCUUCGCGCCGUCUUCCCUCAAGUCAGCCCCGAAAAUCUCAGAAAUACUCUGGCCGCCCAUGGGAACCGGAUUGACGACAUCAACAUGGAAUCUCUCGUUGAGCAGGUCUUGACGGAGGAGUGCAUGCGGGAGCUCGAGGUGCGCGGAUUGAGCGAGUCGGAAUCUAUGGAGAUGGGGUACGAGGCCCCUUGGGAGCUGGUCGAGCGGAAGAAGAAAGGCAUGUCCAAGCAGCAGAAGAAGCAGAUCAAGAAAGGCACUACCAUUACCCUCGUGGACAUCCGUCAACAGCAGCAUGCGCGCCCGGCGCCCUCGUCCUCUCGCACCGCACCCCCCGAUCCCUGGACGCAGCUCGCAUCUGUCGCGGCCCACCUGUCUACUAUAAUACCUACCCACUCCGCUGCGUACUUCCAGUCGGUGUUUCACUCGCCGCAUCACCCCACGCCCGGACUCGCGCUCCGCGCCGCCAUGGUCGACAUUGCUCGGAACAACUCCGCAUCCGGCGAGGAGCUUACCGAAGAAGAAAGCCCCCUGCUGUUCAGCAUGUUUGAGAUUCUCACCACGUCUCCCAUGUACGGCACCCUCAACGUCGAAGAGCGCGACCAGCUCCUGGAGGACUCCCUGUUCGCACUCCGUGCGACUGCACAUGACCCGAACAGCGCGCUCGAGCUUGUCGAGCUCCUCGUCGAAUUGGACGCCGACAACUCGUCCAAAGAGUUCGCCUGGGGCGUUUAUCAUCAGCAAGUUCCGAAACUGAAGACAACUGUCACGUUGCCGUCCGGUCCGCCUCCAGUCCCCCCGCCCCCAAACAUACCUCGGCGCUCCCAGACGGCCCCGUUGCCCUCCCCGUCCACCGUCAAACGUGCUACCCCGGACGCCUGGCAGACGAUUCCGGAGAAGCCCGCCCCGCAGGGUCCCCACCCACUCUCCCGCGUCAUCCGUGCAUACAACCCCCAGGUUCCCACCAAGGGACGCAAGGCGCGGGCGGGCGGCAACGCCGCGGGCAAGGGCGGCAAGGGCGACGUGGGCGAACUUGGGGCCGCCGGGGCAGGGCGGAGGACGUGGGAGCUGUUAGAGCGGCGGAGGGUUGCGCUACGGGAGGCGGGCAAGGCGUGGCAGAAGCGUACGGCGCGGAACCACUCGGGGGAGAUCGCGUUCUACUUUGCGGAGAGGGCGCGGGAGCUUCAGCAAGAGGCGCAGAGGGAGCAGCUGGACUCGGCGCGCGAGAUGGUGAUGCGCUCUCGCAAAACGCUGCCCAACUACGACGUCAUUGAUCUGCACGGGACGAUCGUCGUCGAAGCCGUUGCAAUCAGUCGCCAGUAUCUAGUCGAGUACUGGACCCCAGGCAAACAGCUGCGCAUCAUCACCGGCCGCGGCAGCCAUUCUCGCAAUGGCGUGGGCGUGCUGGGCCCCGCCGUGAAGAACGCGCUGAUCGCCGACGGAUGGAGCAUCAUAGCCAUCGAAGGCGGUCUGGUGGUGGAAGGUUUGGCUCGUUGA